UUAAAGAGGUGCGUCGAGCAGACGGCUCAGACUUUCUCCGUUGAAGAAUCAGCGAGAUGAAGAGCAGCGCCAACCCGGCACCAUGCGCUCCAGGCUCCCACGGACCGCCUGCCUAUUGCGACUCAUUGCACUCUGCAUCCUCCUCUCGCACACUGCAGCUUAUUUUGGGCUGACAGGUCGGGAACCCUUGGUGUUUUUACCCGGACCGUUUUCCAAUGAACCCCCUACGGGAAAGGCACACCUGAAGCAGUGCGAGCAGAUGACUCUGACCAGGCGGCAGAAGAGACUGUGCCGCAGGGAGCCUGGCUUGGCCGAGACGCUGCGGGAGUCGGUGCGCCUCAGCCUCCUGGAGUGUCGGUACCAGUUCAGGAACGAGCGCUGGAACUGCAGCCUGGAUGGCCGGGGAAGCCUCCUGAAGAGAGCAUUCAAGGAGACUGCCUUCCUCCUGGCAGUGUCCUCUGCGGCGCUGACUCAUGCACUCGCCAAAGCGUGCAGCUCGGGCCGAAUGGAGAGGUGCACGUGUGACGACUCCCCCGGCAUCCAGCAUCGAGAGGCGUGGCAGUGGGGGGUCUGCGGCGACAACCUGAAAUACAGCACCAAGUUUCUAAAGAAGUUCCUCGGACAGAAGAGGGUCAGCAAGGACCUGAGGGCUCAGGUCGACGCCCACAACAUCAACGUCGGAAUUCGGGCAGUGAAGAGCGGGCUGAAAACAACCUGCAAGUGUCACGGUGUCUCCGGCUCUUGCGCCGUACGGACUUGCUGGAAGCAGCUGUCGCCUUUCCACGACACCGGGCGGCUGCUGAAGUAUAGAUAUGACACUGCAGUGCGAGUGCUGAGUGUCACCAACGUAGCCACAGGGGAGACCGAGCUGGCAGGGCCCCGUCGCCACGGCCAGAGCCUCCGCACUACUGACCUGGUCUACCUGGAAGACUCCCCCAGCUUCUGCAGGCCCUCCCGCUACUCCCCGGGCACAGGCGGCCGGUCGUGUGCCAAAGACACCAGCUGUCAGAGUCUGUGCUGUGGACGGGGUUACAACACAGCCAUGCGCCUCACCAGCCUGUCCUGCCACUGCCAGGUACGCUGGUGCUGCCACGUGGAGUGUCAGACAUGUGUGAGAGAGGAGGAGGUGUACACCUGCAAAACUGCAUAAACAAAUAAUGAGAUAGAAGAAAUGUAGGGAGUAUGUGAAGACUUGCAAAACAAAAAGAGUCAGUGGAAAAAUGUGAGAGAGACAAAGAGUUCUUCACUGAUCUCACACAUUGACAUGACUGAACUAUAAUCUCCUAUAGACAGUCCGCUGCUCUGAUCACAUCACAUCAGAUCAUGUCUUUGCAGAUCUCCAUUCUGAGUUGCAUGUUAUUUUUUGGGAGGAAUAUACACUUAUAAAGCAUUAUAAAAUUGCCGGUUAUUUGCUAAUCAUCAGCGAUUUGAUAUGCAGCCGCUUACAGUAGGUGAGGAUGUUUUCAAACCACUCUUCUUUCCUCUCACUGGAUGCACUGAAAAUCCCGCUCUUCUGAGAUGGAGGGAAUCAAGCUCUUAAAAAGCAGGUACUGGACUGGAUUGGAUUGCCACCAGCAGUACGACGUCAAACCCUGCCUGCAGGGGAGCUCCGACACUGACUUUGCUGUAUUGUAAUUAUCCCAUUUCAUUUGACUAUUUAUUGUAUCACUCAUCGUGUCUGUUGUACUGCUGCUUUAUACUUUAACCUUCUUAUAAUCGAGAGUUGCCACUAAGGCUAAAACAGCCUGAAAAGGAAUCUACCUGUCUGUCCUAUUCUGUCUGCUGUGUUCUAUUCUCUGCUGUGGAGAACUUUUGAGGGUUCUUUUCUGAGUAAAAAGCACUUAAGUUGCUCGUGCUAUGAUGAUACAAAGUGUGUAGUUAAUCACAGAAUAUAUGUAUAAAUAGAACCACUGGAAGCUUUGAGGUGUGGUUGAUACCACUGAUAUACAUUGUAGCUACAUGCAUUAACUGGGUUAUUGUGUAAAGAAACAUGCUGGGUUUCAGUUGCUCUUAUGGAAAUGUCUAUGGAAAUCUCUACAUGCAGCCUAAUGUGUGCUCAGCAGAACAAAGGGAAAAUACUCUGAGUAAUAGUGAGGGGAAACACCAAACACUCCUGCAAACAAGAAUGAAAAACACUUAAAUUGUAAACAUACCAGCUCUUUUCUUUUUUUUUUAAAAUUCUAUUUAUAGAGGUGCACACUUUACAAUACUUUCAAGUUCAAAAUUGCCUGAUUGAACCAUUCAGUCUUCAAAGUCUAAUUUAGCCACAUCUUUGUUCUCGAUGCCUUUGAACUGGGCCAAUUAUGCUCCUUAUUUUUGUAAAUUGCUAAUCAAAGGAAAUCACCAUGUUUACUCCCUGAUACUCACAUCCAAAACAAAGUGUCCAUGUGCGCAGGUCAAUAGUGCACGUUAGACCCGGAAAGGUUUAUUUUUACUGGCCAGUUUAUGUUGUUAUGUGUGAGCGAUUCUGAACUGUAUAUAUGAUAUGAAUAUAACUCAUGCCAGGGCUCCAGGCGCAUGACAAUGUGGAAUCGUAAUUUACUACCUCACUUCAUCUUUUGGCAAAUAUCAGUAAGAUUUAUGAGUUAUGCAGAGUUAUUCUCUCUGUAGAUACCUGUCCUGUUCCUUUGAUCAUAUUUUAGAUUUUUGUACAGUUCUUUUGA